AUGUUUUCCAACAGGCUAGCGCAGCAGUCGCUGAGACGACUUGCGACACAACACCCAUCUGCAUUCAGAAACUCGGUAUCCAAGUUCGCCAGACCGGCUGCCAUUGCAACUGGAAACUAUGCUCAGUUCAGACCGGCAACAUCUUCUGCGGCACCCUCCGGCACCGCUGAGCCAAACAACAUCCUCGCCAAACAGCGUCUUAAUCGCCCCGUCUCUCCACAUCUCAGCAUAUACCGACCACAGAUAACCUGGUACCUGUCCAGUCUUAACCGUAUCACUGGUGCCAUUCUCUCCGGUGGCCUCUAUAUCUUCGCCAGCGCCUAUCUCGUCUCUCCACUACUCGGAUGGCACCUUGAAUCCGCUUCUUUGGCUGCUGCCUUUGCUGCCCUCCCCAUUGCCGCCAAAGUUGUCAUGAAGUUCACCAUGGCUCUGCCCUUCACUUUCCAUUGCUUCAAUGGUGUGAGACAUCUUGUUUGGGAUUUAGGAAAGCAGUUGACCAACCAGCAGGUUAUUACCACUGGAUGGACUGUUGUUGGGUUGACUCUUAGCAGUGCUCUUGCCCUGGCUUUGCUCUAA